CUCCACUCCCACCUCCACGCCAUCCCCCCAUCUCUCACAAUGCUCAAGAGCGGGUUCCAGCGGUCGCUUCGCGCGACCUGUCGCGCCCCCGUCUUCAGGUCCCCCGUGCGCAAGAGCUUUCCUCUCGCUCGCUUUGCAUCCACCGACUCCAUCAAGGAUGGCAAGAUUCAUCAAAUUAUCGGAGCCGUAGUGGAUGUCAAGUUCGACACUGAGCAGCUUCCCCCCAUUCUCAAUGCCUUGCAAACCGAGAACAACGGCCAGAAGCUCAUCCUCGAGGUUGCGCAACAUUUGGGUGAGAACGUCGUCCGAUGCAUUGCUAUGGACGGUACCGAGGGUCUCGUCCGUGGCCGCAAGGCCACCGACACUGGUGCUCCCAUCACCAUCCCCGUCGGCCCCGGAACUCUUGGUCGUAUCAUGAACGUCACUGGUGACCCCAUUGACGAGCGUGGCCCUAUCAAGUCCGACAAGUUCCUCCCUAUCCACGCCGACCCCCCGGAGUUCGUCGAGCAGUCCACCUCCGCUGAGGUCCUCGUUACCGGUAUCAAGGUCGUCGACCUUCUCGCCCCCUACGCUCGUGGUGGAAAGAUUGGUCUCUUCGGAGGUGCCGGUGUCGGAAAGACUGUGUUCAUUCAGGAGCUGAUCAACAACAUCGCCAAGGCCCACGGUGGUUUCUCCGUCUUCACCGGUGUUGGUGAGCGUACCCGUGAGGGUAACGAUCUGUACCACGAGAUGCAGGAGACCUCCGUCAUCCAGCUUGAUGGCGAGUCCAAGGUCGCCCUGGUCUUCGGUCAGAUGAACGAGCCCCCGGGUGCCCGUGCCCGUGUCGCUCUUACCGGUUUGACUGUCGCCGAAUACUUCCGUGAUGCCGAGGGUCAGGAUGUGUUGCUCUUCAUUGACAACAUUUUCCGUUUCACCCAGGCUGGUUCUGAGGUGUCCGCUCUUCUCGGCCGUAUCCCCUCCGCUGUCGGUUACCAGCCCACUCUCGCCGUCGACAUGGGUCAGAUGCAGGAGCGUAUCACAACCACCCAGAAGGGUUCCAUCACUUCCGUCCAGGCCGUCUACGUGCCCGCUGACGAUUUGACUGACCCUGCCCCCGCCACCACCUUCGCCCAUUUGGACGCCACCACUGUCUUGUCCCGUGGUAUCUCCGAGUUGGGUAUCUAUCCCGCUGUCGACCCUCUUGACUCCAAGUCCCGUAUGUUGGACCCCCGUAUCGUCGGUGACGACCACUACAACACCGCCACCCGCGUCCAGCAGAUCCUCCAGGAGUACAAGUCGCUCCAGGAUAUCAUUGCCAUUCUCGGUAUGGACGAGUUGUCGGAAGCUGACAAGCUUACCGUCGAGCGUGCCCGUAAGAUCCAGCGUUUCUUGAGCCAGCCCUUCACUGUCGCUCAGGUCUUCACUGGUAUCGAGGGUAAGCUUGUCGACCUCAAGGACACCAUCCGGUCAUUCAAGGCCAUCCUCAGCGGUGAGGGUGACGACCUUCCCGAGGGUGCUUUCUACAUGGUCGGUGACCUCGAGUCAGCACGCGCCAAGGGUGAGAAGAUUCUUGCGGAGCUUGAGAAGUCAUAGACGCAUUGUGGUAGUGGGGAAAAAUGAGGGUGGACUAUUGUGUCAAACGGGCUCGUCGGUGAUGGCUCUCCUCAAUCUGUACAAAAUGUAUACCAUUGCGCAAAGGGGCGAACAUCUAAUGCCGACGGGUCUUUGGUGGAGCAAUGGUCUUUCUGUGUAAUCUUAUCCAUCAUGCGAAGAUCCCGUUUCUUCUGUCAAUUUAGCUCAGUUCUGAUUC